CCCAUCUUACCAUAUUUUAUAUAUAUACACAUACAUAUUAUAUGUAUAUGUAUAUGUAAAAUAAUCUUUAACCUAAAAAAACAUUUUUCUAAUAAAAAAAAGCUGAUCAGACGGUGAUUUAGGAAGAUCUUUCUCCAAUACCACAAACCCAUUUUGGCUUUUGAAUUUUUAUUUUUAUCUGUUUGUUUCUCGAGAAAAGUUUUGGGAAAAUAUCCCAAAGCUCAAGUUACUCGCCGCGUUUACUCACGGGCGGUGAGGAUGUCGACUCCUGCGAGGAAAAGAUUGAUGAGGGACUUUAAGAGGUUACAACAAGAUCCUCCUGCAGGUAUCAGUGGUGCUCCUCAAGACAACAACAUUAUGCUUUGGAAUGCUGUUAUAUUUGGGCCUGAUGACACCCCAUGGGACGGAGGUACGUUUAAAUUGACGCUUCAGUUUACAGAGGAUUAUCCAAACAAGCCACCAACUGUGCGCUUUGUCUCUAGAAUGUUCCAUCCAAAUAUUUAUGCGGAUGGAAGCAUAUGUUUGGACAUUCUACAAAAUCAAUGGAGCCCUAUAUACGAUGUUGCAGCUAUACUUACCUCCAUCCAGUCAUUGCUCUGUGACCCAAACCCAAAUUCUCCUGCAAAUUCAGAAGCUGCACGGAUGUUUAGUGAGAACAAACGUGAAUAUAAUAGGAGAGUACGUGAGAUUGUUGAGCAGAGUUGGACUGCUGAUUAGUCAUCAUGAUUAGGUGUUUUGGAACUUCAAAAUAGCCCAAUGGUCUGUUUAAAUAACGAUGGGACUCAACCAUGGUGUUGUGAACUCCUUGACUUUGAUUAUGUUAUAUGUUUGCUUGGCUUUUGUGUUUGCUUUUUUAUUCCUGAAUGCUACUUGUACCUGAUACGCUGCAUUCUUCUUAAUAUUUCGCAUAUAAAAUUUCUGUUUACUGUCUCA